AUGUCCUGUUUUAGCUUUCAAGAAUUGGGGAUUCGAAGAAUAAGAAAUGCAGAGAGGCAGAAAUGCACUGACUCUUUUUCGAAAUUCGGGCCUCCAUAUAAUUUACAAGCAUUGACAGAUAAAGAUGCACUGACUCUUUUUCGUCUUUCAGCAAACCUGCCAAAUACGAGCUGUGACAUACCAAAUGAUCUUCAGAAACAGAUAGUAGACCACUGUAAGAGAUUUCCACUUGCCAUUACAACCGUAGGGACGUCACUUCGCAAUCAGCCUAUGGAGAAAUGGAAAAUCAAACUCACAGAAUUAUCUAAAGGUUCUUCUAUUCUUGAUUCAGAGAAAAAUUUGCUUGCACUCCUCAAAAGUUGCUUAGAUGACUUGAAUAAAGAAAUGGCUCCUGUCAAGGAUUGUUUCAUAGACCUUGCUUUAUUUCCUGAAGACCAAAGAAUUCCCGUUGCUUCCCUUCUUGAUAUGUGGGCAGAGUUAUAUGAGGGAUCAAAUGAUAACAUGUCAAUGGUGAACCUAUACGAGCUCACCUUCCGCAAUUUGGUCAGUCUUGUAGUCACAAGGACUAGGGAUUUGGAUGGAUACUAUGGUGAACAUUUUGUUAUCCAACAUGAUAUGCUUAAAUUGCUAUCAAUCCAUGCGAGUCAUGAUGAAGACCCAAUAGGAUAUAGACUGAUUGUAGACAUACGUGAAGAUAAGCUUCCACCAUGGUGGACAGAGAAGAAGCAGAAAACAAAGAAGGCUCGCUUAGUAUCUGUCUUAACUGGCGAAUCGUCUUCAACAGAGUGGCACAACAUGGAUCUACCAAAAGGCGAGGUUCUAGUUUUGAAUUUUCAAGCAAAGAGCUAUGCCUUACCCAAGUUUAUGAAGACAAUGCACAUGUUGAAGGUUCUAGUGGUCACAAAUUAUGGCUUCUCACUUGCUGAGCUAAGUGAGUUUGAACUGCUGUGUUCUUUAUCUAAUCUAAAGAGACUAAGAUUAGAGCGUAUUUCGAUCCCGUUGAUAAGCAAGAAAAUCAUUCCAUCGAAGAGUCUAAAGAAGAUAUCUUUAUUCAUGUGUAACGUCAGUCAAGCAUUUGGAAACUCUUCCAUCCAAAUUUUUGAGACAUUCCCAUACCUAGAGGAGUUGCACAUCGACUAUUGUAACGAUUUGGUGAAAUUGCCCGCCAAGCUAUGUGAUCUUAUCCGCCUAAAAGUUCUCAGCAUCACCAACUGUCAUAAGCUAUCUGUCUUGCCUGAAGACAUCGGAAAGCUGGAGAAUUUGGAAGUGUUGAGGCUAAGGUCCUGCACAGACUUGGAAAAGCUUCCAGGCUCGAUUGAGAAACUCGAUAAGUUGUGCUUUCUUGACAUAUAUAAUUGUUCCGGCAUUAAGGAUUUGCCCGAAUGCAUUGGUAAGAUGAAUGGUUUAAGAAAAAUCAACAUGGCACAAUGUUCAAGAUUGACUGUGCUGCCUGUGUCAGUGUAUGAUCUUGGUCAGCAGUUAGAGAAAGUGAUAUGUGAUGAAGACGCAAGAAAUUUUUGGGAAUCUGUGUUAUCAAAUCCCGACAAAAUAACAGUGGCUAAAGAAGAAUAACCUGAAUUGGCUCCACAGACUGCAGAUUUGAGAGCUAUCUUUCCACGAUAAGUAUUGGAGCAAAUGGUCUGUGUGAUUUGUAUUCCAGUUUAUUUUUUCCUUUUUCUCAUUUGGUGUUUGUAUGAGAUAUUGCAUCAUUCCAAUGGCUUGGAUUU